UCUAGUUGGACUCUCCAGCUCGGCUGAGCAGAUAAUUGAUACAGUUUAUAAACCCCAAAGCAGAAACGGCGUUCAUUCACAAGAUCCCGCCGGCAUGGCGUCGUCAUCACCUGACUGGCGGCUAUGGAGAACGGCCUUCCUCAACCUCCGGGACGAAGCUCUAACCUCGCCCCCACCGUCUUCUCUCCUAAUCCUCUUUCGGCGCCUCUUCUUUUCCCAGAUUCACGAUGCCCUCGCCGUGGCUGCAGCAUCCCUCCCGAUUUCGGAGGUCACUGCAGAUGUAACACUCUUAGUGGAAUUGGCUUCGGCCACUACACGGUGUGAGGACGCAGUAGAACCGCUGCUACAAAUAAUUCACCUGAUCCAUAAUGUUUGUUGCAGAGUUCAAUUGGAGUUUAAUUCAUUUUCUUGGACUUUGAUAAUGAAUUUUCUUAAACUCACAAUGGAAACUGUACUUGGCAGUGCUAAUCCGAAAAACUACUUGACCAGCACUCUUAGAUUGAAAAUGAUGGCUGAGAUUUCAGAAACUCUCAGGCUUAUUAUCAAGGUAUACGGGAGAAAUUGUUUGAUAUCAGAGACCAGUGAUUUGGCAAUGCUUCUAAUUUUUAUUAUUUCAAACUUGCAUUCUGAGAUGCUUUCUUUACAAGAUGGAAAUGACGACUGGCAUGCUACCGAUAAUGGGUCUGCCAAGCCCAAAUACAGCAGCUUAUAUGAGAUACAAAUUAUGGUAUUAUCACUUCUGCGUGAUGCUGUAUCUAAACUUGGAACUUCUAUCUCGGGAAGCUUAUGGGAAGCUGUGGUUACGGUGUUGAGGAAAUUGAUGGAUUUUGUGGCAUCAAAAAAUGUUAUUGUUGAUAGUAUAAUGUCCAGAUUCUAUGCUGCCCUAUUCCACUGUCUCCAUUUGAUUCUAUCAGAUCCAAAAGGUUCUCUGUCAGCACAUGUGGCAGGUUUUGUUACAACGUUGCAACUGUUUUUCACAUAUGGUCUCUCCAGUAGAUCUUUAGCAUUCACAGCUGUUGAAUCAGAAAAUAUAGGGAUUAAUUCUUCAAACGAGAAGUCUGAAAUUCUGGAAUCAUGGAAAAGUAAACGAGUUCCAUAUAAACCUCCUCAUCUACGAAGACGAGGAGCUAAUGCACUCUCAGUAAGUGCCGAGAGCUCCUAUAAUUGUGAGUCUUCUAGUUUAAGUUUGUUUUCAUCAGAUUCAGAACAAAGUGAUAACGAUGCAUCUCCACUUGAUGGUGAUCGUUAUCAUAGCUCCAAAGCUAGAUUAGCUGCAAUUUUCUGCAUACAGGAUCUCUGUAUUGCUGAGCCUAAAUCAAUUACUUCGCUGUGGACUCUUCUUUUGCCUGAGAGUGAUGUUUUGCAACCUAGGAAGCAUCGACAAACGCUGAUGUCAUGUUUGCUUUUUGAUCCCAUAAUGAAGAUACGGUUUGCCUCAUCUUCAACUUUAGCUUCAAUGCUGGAUGGGCAUUCGGUUGUUUUUCUGCAACUAGCAGAGCACAGAGAAUCCACUAAGUGUGGGUCAUUUACAGCACUUUCCAGCUCACUUGGUCAAAUAUUGAUGCAGUUACACACAGGUGUACUGUACCUAAUAAAGAGCGAAAGUCAUGAGGGAUUGCUCGUAUCCUUGUUCAAAGUUUUAAUAUUACUAAUAUCUGCUACACCGUAUGCUCGAAUGCCAGAUUACCUUUUUUCAAAUACAGUUUCUUCUGUGCAUGAUAAGAUAAAGCGAACCCUUGCCUUUAAAAUGGACAAUGUUGGCCUCCAGGCAACUGCUGUUAGUUGCUUGGGGGCAGCACUUUCCAAAUCACCUCCUUCAGCACAUGCAUUGAAAAUGCUUGAAGAAGGUGCCAUAUCUCAAAAUGGAAUGAGUGUACCUUUUCUUCUGAUUGAACUUUCUGAACUGGGAAGACAUCCGGCUAUUACAUUUGAGGCCCUCCAGGUCUUGAAAGCCAUUUCACACAACUAUCCAAGUAUAAUGAGUGGAUUCUGGGAACAGAUUUCGGCAAUUGCCUACAGAUUCUUGCAUACGCCAGUUACUCCUGAUUUUUCCGGCUGCAAUGGUGGAUCAUGGAUGGGAGAUCAUGGCAAAGCUUCGGGCCCUAUUAGUGAAAGAUGCACGGUGGCUGCUAUAAAGGUUAUUGAUGAGUGCCUCCGUGCAGUUUCUGGAUUCAAGGGAGCAGAUGACCUUUUAGAGUUUAGAUUUUUGGAUAUACAACUUAUGUCAAAUACAAUCAGAGAGAAGAGGGUUGCUUCCGCCCCUUCAUAUCAAUUUGAUAUUUCUGAUUCUUCAAAUAAAGAUCCUACUGAUUACUCUCCAGCAGUUAUGCAAUGGUCUGAGGUUAUACGGAAACACCUGCCUCUUGCUAUAUGCCAUUGUGCACCAAUGGUGAGGGCUGCAGCAUUUAAUUGUUUUGCCGGAUUGACUUCCUCAGUUUUUUCUAUGCUGAAUGAAGACAUGCAAGAAUCAAUUAUAUCUUCUACUGUUUCUGCAGCACUAAAUGACAAGGCUCCUUCCAUCAAAUCGGCUGCUUGUCGAGCAAUUGGUGUUCUGGCAUCUUUUUCACAAAUUGUUUAUAAUGGAUGCUUGCUGGAUAAACUUAUCCGUGCAGCUGAGCUUAACUGCCAUGAUUCUACAGUCUCGGUGCGUGUAACUGCUUCCUGGGCAUUAGCUAAUAUAUGUGAUUCUCUUCGGCAUAGAGCAAUUGAGCUUCAAUUAGAGUUAUGUUCAGAUGAAACAGCUGAAUUUGACGCACUCUCUCUUGUAGUUGAAACUGCUUUAAAAUUGACAAAGGAUGGUGAUAAGAUCAAAUCAAAUGCUGUGAGGGCCCUUGGACAUAUAUCGAGGUUUCUCAAUUUCAACUGUUACUCUAUGUCAAAUGAAGUGCUCAAGAUUUCCAAGGAGUCAUGCCAUUCUGCUAAAAACCCCGAUUUGCCUAAGAAUGGCUUCUGCAAGGAAAAAAAUUCACCGGUAUUUAGAAGCAAUGGUUCUAAUAGUGCAAAGUAUGGAGACCCUCAAUUGCUUGAAAAAAUGGUACAAGCUUUUCUUUCAUGUGUGACAACUGGAAAUGUAAAGGUCCAAUGGAAUGUUUGUCAUGCUUUGAGCAACUUAUUCAUGAAUGAUACAGGCGCCUACUGUUUACAGCAUUCUUCUAUUGCUUCUUCGUGAUUCAACUAAUUUUAAAAUUAGAAUACACGCUGCUAUUGCAUUGGCUGUACCAGCAUCAAGGCCUGGU